AUGCCGUCUCUCGGAAACUUUUUCCACACGCAGCUCAUAGCCAAAAUCCCCGUCCCGACCUCCUCCUUCGCCUCCAAAACCGUCAUCAUCACAGGUGCCAAUACCGGCCUGGGCAAAGAAGCAACACGGCAUAUUGCCCGUCUGGGAGCAAGCAAAUUGAUCAUUGCUUGCCGAAACACCUCCAAGGGUAACAGUGCAAAGCUUGAAAUUGAAGCUUCGGUGAACUGCAAGCCCGACGUCAUCGAAGUCUGGGAACUCGACAUCGAGUCUCCUGCUUCUGUCCAGAAGUUUGUUGAGCGUGCAAAUAAACUGCCGCGCCUAGACGUAUUGAUCAACAAUGCCGGAAUACAGACAAUAAAUUACCAGGUCGUUUAUGGAACGGAACGCACCCUUGCUGUGAAUAAUAUUGGCACGUUUCUGCUAGCCUUGCAGCUUAUCCCGAAAUUGAAGGAGACUGCAAAUAAAUAUGAGGUGACACCACAUCUGACAUUCACGGGCUCGGCCCUGUAUGAUGUUGCAAAAUUCCCUGAGAACUAUGGCGACAAUAUUUUCGAUUGGUACGGUGAUGAAAGCCACUCGAAUCGCAUGAACCAAUACAAUCUUUCCAAGCUGAUUCUUCUAUAUGCUAUCAUCAAGUUAGCUUCCAUUGUCAACUCAGAUGCCACCAACCCCAUCGUGGUCAAUACUCUUGAUCCAUGUUUCUGCAAAACAGGCUUGCCUGGCGAGCUCCACGGUGCUUUGAAAGUUUUCAUGAGAGUUUUUGAAGCUCUGUUUGCUCGCACAUCAGAAGAAGGUUCCCGGCUAGUCGUGAUAGCGGCGUCUGCAGGAAAGGAAACCAAUGGAAAAUAUAUGCGGGCUGGUGCGGUGCAAGAAUAUGCGCCAUUCAUCACAGAUAAGGCUGGGGUUGAAAAGAGCAACACUAUCUGGGAACAACUUGGCCAAAGGUUGGAGAAACUGCAGCCGGGUAUUCUGCAGAAUGUGAACAGUUUUUGA